GGCUUUUGGCUUAUUAAAGUUAAAGUGGCAUGUUCACAUCGCCUAUACCUUCGCCCGUCACAUAACUUCACACUUCUUUACAACGUUCAACUGUAUCUUCCCACACCGCCGAACCUUCUCAGACCUCAGCUCCAGACGUCCGAUCGCUGGCGCCGGAUACACAGUUUUCUCCUUCUCCGAUUACCUGCUUUUGACUUCAAAGGAGAAAAAGAUGUGGGGGAUUAUAAGGCAAAACGUUGGUGGUGCCAGAGACUUAUCUUCUCAGGUUCUGGGGAGUUCUCUGAUGAGGUUAAAACCUAUAACAUCAGCUAUGAGACAUUACUCAUCUGCAACUAAAGAGAUGACAGUACGAGAUGCUCUGAACUCUGCUCUUGACGAGGAAAUGGCUGCUGAUCCUAAUGUCUUUGUAAUGGGGGAAGAGGUAGGAGAAUACCAGGGUGCAUACAAGAUAACGAAGGGAUUAUUGGAUAAAUAUGGUCCUGAAAGGGUUGUGGAUACCCCUAUCACAGAGGCUGGGUUUGCGGGGAUUGGGGUUGGAUCUGCAUAUCAUGGUCUGAGGCCGGUGAUAGAGUUUAUGACUUUCAACUUCUCUAUGCAGGCAAUCGAUCAUAUUAUAAAUUCUGCAGCAAAGUCAAACUACAUGUCUGCGGGGCAGAUUAACGUGCCCAUUGUUUUUAGGGGACCAAAUGGACCUGCUGCUGGUGUUGGGGCUCAACAUUCCCAGUGUUAUGGUGCAUGGUAUGGAUCAGUCCCUGGUUUGAAAGUUGUUGUGCCAUACUCCUCUGAAGAUGCCCGUGGACUUCUAAAAGCUGCAAUUAGAGACCCUGAUCCUGUUGUUUUUCUUGAAAAUGAGUUGUUGUAUGGCGAAUCCUUCCCAGUUUCCGCAGAAGCCCUUGAUUCAAGUUUCUGCCUCCCUAUAGGCAAAGCAAAGAUUGAAAGAGAAGGGAAAGAUAUCACCAUCACUGCUUUCUCUAAGAUGGUUGGCUAUGCUCUUAAGGCGGCUGAAAUACUUGAAAAGGAAGGGAUAAGUGCAGAGGUAAUAAACCUGCGGUCCAUUCGACCAUUGGAUAGAGGUACAAUCAAUGCUUCUGUGAGGAAAACUAACCGGCUGGUGACUGUUGAGGAAGGCUUUCCUCAACAUGGUGUUGGUGCUGAAAUCUGUGCUUCGGUUGUUGAAGAUAGCUUUGGUUAUCUGGAUGCCCCAGUGGAGAGGAUUGCUGGGGCUGAUGUUCCCACUCCUUAUGCUGCCAAUCUUGAGAGAAUGGCUUUUCCACAGAUUGAGGAUAUUGUUCGUGCUGCUAAGAGAGUUUGUUACAGGUCGGCACUACCUUUGGCUGCAACUGCUUGAUGCAUUUAUUAUAUCUUCUUCUCAUUUUUCACAAUGUUCUUCUUCACAAACCUCAUAAACAUUCGCUGCUACAUUUUUUUUUCAAUUAUCAUUUUAUACUACGCUCAGUAAAAAGAUGAAAGCUUUGGCGAAAUUCUUGAUUCCAGAACUACGGUAUUACAUGCAUAAAGAAACAAUAAUAUUAUUUACUUUGUGAUUUUCAUAAACCAAA